ACGAAUUGCUACAUUUGCCGAGUUGUUGUUCAAUUGAAUAAGUGCACGGAUUGAAUCCUUCCUCGUAAAUUUAUCUCAGUUCGCCUAGACUUUCGUCUCGUCUGGUCUCAGACUGCAGUAGUUCAAAUUGUUGUCUCGUAAUUUGGAAGAAUUCAAUACAUUUCUUAUUGGAUUUAAGCUAUUUAGUUGUUGCGCAUCCUCUUUUGUAUGUAUUCAUUGUAUGUUUGUAUCUUAUGGAUGAAUCGUAGUUCUUUUUGAACGUCUGAGUUUUUUUUUUUCCUUGUUGAUCACCUUUGAUGUUUGUGUCAAUCGAACCCAGUGUCAGCUGUUCUCUCGCGAUUCUGUCAAAAUGGACGACGUGUCAGUUUUUUGGUAAAAAUAUUUGCCCCCCUCGAAGUGUGUCUUCUUUUGUUUUAAUUUUAUCCUAGAAGGGGGUAUCCAAUCAAAAUUCUCCAGCGGUGUGCGUGGAGGUGCGAGAGUGCGUUCAAGGGAUUAUUAUUUGUUUUUGUUCCUGCGGGGGCACCAUGAGUGACGUGGUUAGUGUGAAGGGUCAAAACGCCUCUUCGUCUCUGGGGGGCCAGAAUGACCCUGACAUGAAGGGCUGGCUCUUCAAAUGGACUAACUACCUGAAGGGUUACCAACGAAGGUGGUUUGUCCUCCAGAAUGGCCUUCUGUCAUACUACAGGGCUGAACACAACGGCGGCGUAUCAACGCUAUCAAUAAGAAGGCGACGCAAAUUUCGAAAUGGGAACCAAGCCGAGAUGACACACACCUGCCGUGGCAGUAUUUCCCUGCAUGGUGCAUUAAUCUAUCCGGUAGAUGCCUGCACCUUUGUCAUUUCCAAUGGGGGCACGCAGACCUUCCAUAUCAGGGCUGCAUCUGAAGUGGAGAGGCAAUGUUGGGUCACAGCAUUAGAACUUGCUAAAGCUAAAGCAAUCCGUAACAUGGAAUCAGAGGAGGAUGAAGAGGAACAGGAUGCUGCUUCUGGUUCACCAGAAGAAUGGUCCAGCAUUGUCAGGGAAUUGCAAAGUCGUUUGGAGGAUUUGCAAACCUGCUCAGAUCUGAUUGGAAAGCAUGGAGCUGCCCUUCAAAGGGCUUUAGGAGAGUUGGAAAUGAAUGUGGACCAAGAGUCCGCACAAGGAAAAUCCAAAGCCGUCAGUGAAAGGGCAACAUUGUUCCGUAUCGCCAGCAACGCAAUGAUUAACGCUUGUUCAGAAUAUCUAUCCACUGCUCAAACACAUGGUCAUAAAUGGACCAGACUUUUGCAACACGAACGCGAACAGAGGCAGAGACUGCAGGAGAUGGUAGAAACAUUGGCUCAGCAACAUUCAAAAUUGGAACAGGCAGCGGCCGCAAACGCCAAGAGACCAAAUGGUCCAGUGAGUGCAAGUGAAGAAGAGGAGGAUGAGAAUGAGUUUUAUGAUGCUGUCGCCGAUGGUUAUUCAAGCACUGAACAGCAACAGUUUACUCUGAACAUUCCUACUGGGGCUUCAGGCCAUCGGCGCCACAGUUCAGAUAGUUCUUCUGAGACUGAUGAUACUACACAAGAAACUCAUCAAGUCGUAGUCCGUACAUCGAAUUUGCACGAGAAACGGGUAGCCUCAGGGGACGGAAAAGAAGACAAAUUCGAGGACGGUGAGUUUGGCGAAGUGGCUGCUUCAACUUCAAGGGUGGGUCUGAGGGGGGGUGGCGCCCGCAGCAGACGCACUACAGUUCCUGAAAAGCCCAACUACCCACUAAAUCUAUGGAGCAUCGUAAAGAACUGCAUCGGAAAAGAUCUGUCCAAGAUCCCGAUGCCUGUCAACUUCAGCGAACCCCUAUCCAUGUUACAGCGUCUAGCCGAGGACUUCGAAUAUGCCGACAUCCUGGAUAAAGCUGCUACCUGCACGGAUGUUUGCGAGCAACUGGCUUAUGUUGCUGCAUUUACUAUUUCCUCAUACUCUACCACUAGUUCACGUACAGGAAAACCGUUCAAUCCUCUUUUAGGUGAAACAUUUGAAUUCGAUAGAAGUGAUGAUUUGGGAUGGAAGCUUGUGUCUGAGCAGGUGUCCCAUCAUCCUCCGAUGGUUGCACAACAUUGCGAGGGCCGCGGAUGGAUUUGCUGGCAAGAGUUCACGAUGACAUCGAAGUUCCGUGGAAAGUAUCUGCAAGUGGUUCCACUAGGAACGGCUACUGUGGAGUUCGCCAACGGCAACAAAUUCUCGUGGCGAAAGGUGACAACGACCGUGCACAACAUCAUCGUUGGAAAACUCUGGGUCGACCAGCACGGCGACAUGGAUAUUGUCGGAAAGGAUGCCGCCGAAGGAAUUACGUGCCAUCUAAAGUAUGUACCCUACUCAUACUUCAGUAAAGAUUCGCAAAGGCGAGUAAAGGGAGCAGUCAUGGACACUUCGGAUACCGUGAAAUGGAUUAUCAAUGGCACCUGGGAUGACAGAGUAGAUGUUUCUCAGGUUACUAAACCUGUUAGCGGUAGUAAUAAUAAUUCUGUUUACGAAACCGGAGCGCCGGCUCUAGCCUGGAAACGAAAUAUGCCCGAUAAGGAAGCAGAAAAGUACUACGGUUUUACACUGUUGGCUAGUCAACUCAAUGAACCUGAGGAUGGUGUUGCUCCAACUGAUAGCAGGUUGAGGCCAGAUCAAAGGUUGAUGGAGAACGGAGAGUGGGAUGAUGCUAACAAGGAGAAGCUCAGAUUGGAAGAGAAGCAGCGGGCAGCUCGUAGAAGACGCGAGGCUGAAGUAGAGAAAGCUGCUAUAGAUGGUGAAGCAUACCCUCCGUACGAACCCAUCUGGUUCAAGCAGGUUAAAGACGACAACGAUUCAAUUGUACAUGUAUAUAAGGGCAAUUAUUGGACGGCCAAAAAGAACCAGGAUUGGGCCAACUGUCCGGACAUAUUUUAAUCAUUAUUAGGAAACUUCGUUUUUCUGAGAGAAAGAUGCAUUUUUGUCCUAAAAUCUUUUAUUUUAUAUAUAUAUAUUAUAUUUACUUUCUGUUAUCCUUACUGAAUUUGUUUCACACCACACACUGACACACACAAACACGAGAUUAAGUUUUAAACCGAAGAAUUCUUCCAAACUUA